AUGGCCAUUAUCACUAAUGUUAUUGCUACUACUAACGUUGGUGGGGAUCUGAACUCCGGGCAACUGGGAGGACCGCUCAGUCAUCAUGAGCACCCAGAGAAAUUUGCUAGGGUAAACUUCAAGAGAUGGCAGCAAAAGAUGUUGUUCUACUUGAUCACGUUGAACCUUGCAAAGGAGGAUAAUAGAAAGAAAGGAGGGAGUACCUCCUCUGUGAAGGCUAAUAUCAUCGAGCAUGGUAAAUCUUCUGGGGUGAGGAAGAAGCCUCAUGUGAACACGGGCUCAAAGCUGGGGCCAAGGGGUGGUGUUGCAAAGAAGCCGGCAUACAAGCUCGAGGGGCAUCAGGCUAGUGACUGCUGCAAGCAAAAGAAGCCAUACAAGACCAAAUCUCAUGCUCAUAUGGCAGAUAUACAAGAGCACUCCAACGAGGAGGACGAUAUGCAUUUUUCUGCCGUUGUCUCUAAGUUCGGUGAUUCAUCUCGGAUUGCAAUUUCGAAGUUUGAUUUUGAGCAUAGCUCCCUGAUUUAUCUCCGUGAAUUUGGAGCUCUUCGUCUUCUUCGAUCAGAGCUCCAUGAUUUAUCUCCGUGGAUUUGGAGCUCUUCGUCUUCUUCGAUCAGAGGUUCCUUGAUUGUUUCUAUGCCACAAAAUGGUCUUAUGAAGUAUUUCAGAGAGGAUUUGCGUUCCAGAAACAAUCAAACCCGGAUUAAGUGUGUGGAUCUUGUUGGAUUCUUAAUUGAUAACCAUGGAGCAGGAGUAAAAUAUGGAAUGCUAUUUGAUCUUUUUUCUUCUUUGAAAGGUACAGACUCUUCUAUAAUUUGCCUACAGAUUGUGGGACAAUUGAACUCCUUGCAGCUUGUUGCAAGCCUAACAGUAGAACGAGAUGGUGAACGUAGGAAGGCUACUUUAAAUACUCUAGCUACAGGUUAUAAGAUCUUUGGUGAUGACAUAUGGAGAUAUGUUGGAAAGCUGACAAAAGCUCAAAGGAGCGUGUUAGAUGUAGAUUUAAAUGGAAGGUUGGUACAUAUUUGCACCAAUUGUUGUGUUUUAAGUGUUUCUGCUUCUUCCAUUCAUCAUCCUAUGUUUUGUCAGGCCCGAGACAUGGACAAAAGGAAUGAGGGAAAACCUGGAGAAGCAAGGGCUGUUUUUAGGCGUUCUGUUAGGGAAAAUGGGGUUCUUUUAAGGAGGUUGCACCUUUACAAUAUUGAAAGAAUGGAUAACGCAGCACUUUGUGCAGCUUUGUCAGCCUGCCCAUCUCUCCUUGAUCUAGAGAUUGUUAGCUUGGAUGCUAUUGUGAGUUGGGUGAAAAAGAAGACGGGACCUGGUAUAAGUUAUGAAGCUCAAAGAAACAGGUUGGGUUGGGCGGGGGAGCCAAUGAAGAGACCUAAGCAUAUUGUUGAUGUUGGAUGUGGAAUUGGAGGCAGUUCUAGAUAUCUAGCUAGGAAAUAUGAAGCCCAAUGCCAGGGCAUCACCCUGAGCCCCAUCCAAGCCCAAAUGGUUGAAGGUCUUGCUGCUUCCCAAGGAUUAGCCAACAAGCACUUGUUAUUGGUCUGGUACCCUUUGCAAAUUACAAAUUAUAAGAUGCAAAGAUUCUUUAUUGGUCGGAUUCAAUAUGUGUGUAGAGGACAACUUGCUCGGGAAGUUUACGAGAACAUUAGGAGAGAAGCUUCUUGUCUGAUAAUUCAGAGAGAUUUUUGUAUGCAUCUUGCUAGGAAAGCAUAUAAAGAAUUGUGCUCCUCUGCUAUUUCUAUUCAGGCUGACAUGCGUGGAAUGGUUACACGUGAUGAGCAUCGCUUCAGAAGGCAUAUUGCUAUUUAUGGAAAGCUUUUAUUGCUAGCAGGUGGAGUGGUACUAGGUCCUUCAAUAUUAGGACAGAGUGAAGAAUUUGCAAAAGCAGUGUUCCCUCUAAGAAGUGUAAUGGUCCUAGAAACAAUGGCAAACAUUGGUCUCCUCUACUUCCUCUUCCUCAUCGGAGUAGAAAUGGACCUAGCCGUAAUUCACCGCACUAGAAGAAAAGCCCUAGCCAUAGCCAUUGGAGGCAUGAUACUACCUUUCAUCAUCGGCAUCUCCUUCUUCUUCAUCUUGCAACAAAAAUCACACACCUCCACAAAAAACAAAGCCACCGUCAUCCUCUUCCUUGGUGUGGCUCUCUCAGUCACCGCCUUCCCUAUCCUCGCUCGCAUCCUAGCUGAGCUCAAACUCCUCAGCCCCAAUAUAGCUAGGAUCGCCAUGGCAUCCGCUCUUAUCAACGACGUGUGUGCUUGGAUUCUAUUAGCUAUCGCUAUUGCCUUAGCCGAAAAUGACACAACUUCAAUGGCCGCACUCUGGGUGAUCGUAUCAAGCAUAGCUUUCAUGGUUUGUUGCAUAUUCCUUGUGAGACCGCUGGUCACAUGGAUGAUGAAGCGAACCCCAGAAGGGGAAGCGAUAAGCGAAUUCUAUGUAUGUUUGAUUCUCACCGGGGUUAUGGUAGCAGGGUUUAUAACCGAUGCUAUUGGGACACAUUCUGUGUUUGGAGCUUUCGUGUUUGGUCUAGUUAUCCGGAAUGGACUACUUAGUGUCACGCUCGUUGAAAAGCUUAAGGACUUUGUUUCGGGGCUUUUGCUUCCUUUGUUUUUCGCCAUGAGUGGGUUGAAAACCAUUUUUUUGGCGAGCACAGGGGCUGUAACAAGGGGGUACUUGAUUCUGGUUAUUGUUCUUGCUUUUCUUGGGAAAAUUGCAGGGGCUCUAGUUGUUGCAAUGUAUUACCAAAUGCCAUUUUAUGAAGCGUUUACACUAGGUUUGCUGAUGAAUACCAAAGGCCUUGUUGAAAUGAUUGUGCUUAAUGUUGGUAGGGAGCAACAGCUACUUGUGUUAGAUGACAGAGCAUUUGCAAUCAUGAUCAUUGUAGCUGUAGCCAUGACUGCGAUCAUCACUCCAAUUGUAACCACAAUCUACAAACCAUCAAAAAGGUUUGCCCCCUACAAACAAAGAUCAAUUCAGAUAUUUAAACCCGAAGCCGAACUUCGAGUACUAGUUUGCAUCCACACCCCUCGAAAUGUUCCAACAAUCAUCAAACUCCUCGAAGCCUCUCACCUCACAAAAAAUUCCCCAUUUUGCAUCUACGUCCUCCACCUUGUCGAACUCACUAGUCGAGCCCCUGCCAUGCUCAUUGUCCACUCCACCCAAGGCUCUGGUAGCUCCACCCUCAACCGGACCCAAGCCCAAUCCAACCAAAUUAUCAAUGCCUUCAAAAACUUCAAACAACGCGUCACUUGUGUCUCCGUCAACCCUCUCACCACCAUCUCUCCCUACACCACGAUGCACGAGGACAUUUGCAACUUGGCAGAGGACAAGCAUGUUGCCUUCAUCAUCAUUCCUUUUCACAAACAGCAAAUGGUGGAUGGAGGAAUGCAGGUUGCCAAUGCUACAUUCUGAUCCAUCAACUAGAACGUGUUGGCUAACGCGCCAUGCUCAGUGGGGAUUCUUGUCGUCCGAGGGCUAAUUGGAUCGACCCGUUUAGGUGCUUCUAACCAGGUUUCACACCAAGUUGCUGUCCUGUUCUUCGGUGGAGCAGAUGACAGAGAGGCACUAUCAUAUGCUUGGAGGAUGUCUGAGCAUCCCGGAAUUAGUCUAACCGUCAUGCGAUUCAUCGCCGGUGACAAUGCAAUUGAUCCAACGAGGCUGGAGACUAGCGUCGAACCCAACAAUGCUACCACACUGACAGUGGUGACAGACAGUGAUAGAGAUAAACAACUAGACGAGGACUAUAUAAAAGAGUUUAGGGCAAGAACUGUAAAUGAUUCAAUAAUUUACAAAGAAAAGGUGGCAAAUAAUGGGGAAGAUACCAUGGCGGCGAUAAGAUCGAUUGACAAUACAUUAUAUGACCUUUUCAUAGUUGGCAGAGGACGAGGCUUGGUGUCGCCGCUCACGGCAGGGUUGACAGAUUGGAGCGAGUGCCCGGAACUUGGUGCAAUUGGUGAUUUAUUGGCAUCAUCGGAUUUUGCAGCCACCAUGUCAGUGUUGGUGGUGCAGCAGUAUCUUGGAAAUGGGCAGGGGGACAGACUUGAAAUGCCGAACAGCCCAAUCCAACAUCAUGAACAGUACAGCAACUUCAGCAGCCAUCGACCUAGGGCGCAGGCCUUAUUCUAUGAAUAA